AUGUCUGUCCAACCUAGCUCAGGGCCCAGCCCCUCUGAGGUGCUCACUGUGCCUGCUGGAGACUUUGCAGUUAUUCACAACUGGAGUGAACUGCUCUACUUCUUCAACCACACUUUGCCCGAGUGCCACAUGGAGUUUAGCGAAAGCACCAAGCGUGUGGUCCUCUUUGUCCUCUACCUGGCCAUAUUUGUGGUCGGGCUGGUGGAGAACCUCCUGGUGAUAUGUGUCAACUGGCGUUACUCAGGCCGAGUGGGGCUGCUGAACCUCUAUCUCCUCAACAUGGCCAUAGCAGACCUGGGCAUCGUGCUGUCCCUGCCUGUGUGGAUGCUGGAGGUCACGCUGGACUACACUUGGCUCUGGGGCAGUUUCUCCUGCCGCUUCACUCACUAUUUCUACUUUGCCAACAUGUACAGCAGCAUCUUCUUCCUGGUGUGCCUCAGCGUGGACCGCUAUGUCACCCUCACCAAUGCUUCGCCCUCCUGGCAGCGCCACCAGCACCAAGCACGGAGGGCCCUGUGUGCAGGCAUCUGGGUCCUCUCAGCCAUCAUUCCUCUCCCUGAGGUGGCCCACAUCCAGCUGGUGGAGGGCUCCGAGCCCAUGUGCCUAUUCAUGGCACCCUUUGAAAGCUACAGCACAUGGGCCCUGGCGGUGGCCCUGUCAACCACCGUCCUGGGCUUCCUGCUGCCUUUCCCUCUGAUCGCAGUCUUUAAUAUACUGACAGCCUGCCAGCUCCGGGGAGCGCAACAGCCCGAGGGCCGGCGCCACUGCCUGCUGGUGUGUGCCUACAUAGCCGUCUUUGUCAUCUGCUGGCUGCCCUAUCACGUGACCCUGCUGCUGCUCACACUGCACGGGACCCAUGUCUCCCUCCACUGCUACCUGGCCCACCUGCUCUACUUCUUCUAUGACGUGAUUGACUGCUUCUCCAUGCUUCACUGCGUUAUCAACCCUAUUCUUUACAACUUUCUCAGCCCAAGCUUCCGGGGCCGACUACUGAACGCUGUGGUCCAUUACCUUCCCAAAGACCAGGCUAGGACAGGGGGACGGACUUCGUCCUCCUCCUCCUCCACUCAGCAUUCCAUCGUCAUCACCAAGGAAGGCAUGCAGCCCCCACGCCAUGCCCUCCCAGGCCCGAACUUUCAAGCAGCUGCUUUGUCUCCAAACACCUCGCCUAUCUCCGCACCUCAGUCUCUUCUAUCCAGCUGA